AUGGCGACCAAUCCCGGCUCAAUUCCCGUGGAGACUCACCAGCCUAGCCUGCUGUGUGUAGCCAAAGACCCAAAACCCGAAAAGCACGAUGAAGCAAAAGCAAUCGACAUUGUGGCCGUUCAUGGUCUGCGUCCGGCUGCCAACAUUGAUGCAUGGAAAAUAGCUGAUGGCUCCCUGUGGCUAAAGAAGCUGCUCCCGAGGGAUGUGAAAGGUGUCAGGGUGUUCACAUUCAGCUACAAUGCGCUUGCAGUCUUUUCAGGAGCUGACCACAAGUUGACUGAUGCGGCUAUGGAUAUGCUUUUGAAAAUCACGGCUGCUCGAGCCCAAGUUCCGCUUGACCGUCCUCUUGUGUUUAUCUGCCAUGGUUUUGGUAGCUUCGUUGUUGAAUGCGCACUGAAUCGCGCACUUAGCUGCCCCUCAUUGUACCCAAAUCUUGAGGGCUGCGUCAGGGGGGUAAUUUUCCUGAGCUCACCCCAGAGCGCACCACUCGAGGUCCCAUUUUCGGCUUUGUUAAUCGACUCCGCAACCGACAGUAUUAUGACUGAGAAUGGGAUCUCGACGACUAUGAUUAGGUGGCUGGAGAGCAAUGCGGACAUUCUGCAAGCCAUUCCCCGGGAUUUCAAGCGGAUUGCCUCCAGGAUGAAAAUCAAGGUCUACUCCUGCUACGAAGAAUUCCCCGUGGUGCCACAUAAUCAGCCUACGCUGAACGAGUAUUCCGCAGCCGUGGGUUUGAAAUUGGAGAAUCUCCGUAUGAUGUCUGGCUGCAAUCAUCACUCGCUUGCUACAUUCUCAGACAGGGAGUGCGACAACUACAAGUUUAUUGUCUCUGCGAUUAAGAAGGUCCGGAAUGCUGCACGCAAGGCGAGAGAACUCGACCCUAAAGUAAUUCCUGAGCUUGGGUACGAACAGCCAACUUUAGGAUCACGAGAUGACCACUAUCAGCAGGGCCCUAGCAGCCCCGAGUAUCAAAGAAUAUCGCUCCCUCGCAUCCUGCCAUUGCAGAUGGAUAACCCGUCAUGUGCGGUCAAUGCGUCACAGAAAGAUGUAUUCCAACAGCCAAAAAAACCAAACUUGCCCAGUUUUCAAGCACCAGCAACGUUUUCGGCCUCGUCUGUUGCCCUCGUUCCGCCCUCUCAACCAGCAGGUCCUGAUCAGCUCAAGAUUCCGAUGCGUCCAGUGGGUUCAAAUCCCGGCAGGUCGCCGCCAGGAAAUACACCCGCUCCAUCUGUCAGGUCAUUGUCCAUGACCUCGAGCAAUUUUGAUGGCUUUAUGCCAGCAUCUUCCCAAGUGGCCAUCGACAGGAUAGAAGCAAUCCUUCCCACUGGAAACGCAACGACUCCCGUUACAUCGGCACAACAAUCUGCUAGAUCGCCGUCUACUGCUUCAAGUCAUUCAAUGGGUUUUAUCUCGAAGCAGCCACAGCCUUUGCCAGAUAAAUCAAAUGCAUAUACUGCGCAUUAUUCUGCACCUGGCAUGGUCGGACAAAGGCUGCCAGAGCAGGGGAUGUCUCAUCAGUCGCAGGUUAUCCAACCCAAGAUGCCUGGGGAAAUACCCGGUGGUGUUUCGAAGGCACAAUUACAACCACAAAAUAUAGAUGUUGGAGAGGGGCUGCCGGAUGCAAAACGUUGUUUGCCUCCCCAGAGUCUUACAGACAACGCAUCAACAACUCUACGUACGACUCCAACAUCCUGGGGACCCAAGUACUCGGCAACUACUCAACCUUCUCCCUCUGGUCUAAUUCCACACCCCCCGCAGGUUAUGCACUCGAAUCAGGUCUCCUACGCCCCGUUCAACACUCCUAUCAAGCAGCCACCGAGGCCACAGCGACCCGGACACUCCCAGACCUCAUCAGCCGUGUUGUCAAUUCCAAUGAAUAAUUCGAAAGUACCGGCGCCUCUCCCUACCGGGGUUUCUAGCUCCUCAAAUCCAAAACCGCCGCCUCUACCGAAGAAUAAAAAGACAAAGACGCCGCAGCCCACAAUAUCCAAGAAGGUGAAGAGGGUUCAGGAAGACGCGGCAGCGGGACAACCUCCGAAGCCACCAAGGGCGACUCGCCCACCACACAAGCCGAAGCCACUCGAACCUCCCACUCAGCCACCCCAGCCCAGGCCAUCUGCAAACAAAGGGCUACGGGGACAGUCGACAUCCCAGAAGCCCCAGGAGCUUUCGAAGCCUUCCAAGCCGCAGAAGCCACCAAAGCUCCUCGCGUCUGCCCCAAUGCAUAUCAUCUCCCCAGGAAAACGCACCUCAGGACCAAGUCCCUUGCACCCUCCAAGUCUGGACCGACAGGUGGGCCCAGUCCCUCGGGAAAAACCCGGGCUCUUCCGCAAACUAUUCAGUUCUAGCCAGUCAGAUCGAUCUUCUGGUGCCUCGGCGGGUGCAAUGCAUAAUACCUCACCAGGGGUAAGCGGACAGUAUAAGCCGUAUCGCCCGGGCCCCAGCCAGACCUCAGUGAGUGUGCCUCAGCGUCCUCUAGCGGGUAGUACAGGAUACCGGCCUACAGGUAGAACUUUUCUGCCCCAACAGCCGCACAGGCCACAGCAACCUCAUAUGCUUUUUGGUGGUGGCGGGCUUGGGAAUGGGCAUGCAAAUACGCAGCAUCCUGUUCAUGGCCAGAGUCAAGGCCUUUUCCACGCACCCUUUCAUGGUCAUGGCCAUGGUCCUACCCAUCAUCACGGUCCAGGAGCUCCUGUUCCCCACGUGCAACAGCAUGGGUCACAGGGCGAUCCUACGAGACUUUCAGGGGUAGGGACUCUUGGAAAGGUCGGAGCUGGUGCUCUUGGUGGUGCCGCGCUGGGAGGGUUGGGUGUCAUUGGAGCCAUGCAUGCCCAUCAUGGCUCGGAGCACGAGGGGAGUUCGGAUCCUGAGGGUUCGGAUCCUGAGGGUUCGGAUCCUGAGAGCUCGGCUCCUGAGGAGGGUUCAGAUCCUGAAGAGAACUCCAAUCCUGAGAGUUCAGAUCCUGAGGACGGCGAAGAGAGCGAUUGCGAUGAAGACGAGGAUGGUGAGAACGGGGACGAAGAUGAUGAUGAUGAUGAGGAUGAUGAUGAUGAGGAUGAUGAUGAUGAUGAUGAUGAUGAGGAUGAUGAUGAUAAUGAGGAUGAUGAUAAUGAGGAUGAUGAUAAUGAGGAUGAUGAUAAUGAGGAUGAUGAUGAUGAGGAUGAUGAUGAUGAGGAUGAUGAUGAUGAGGAUGAUGAUGAUAAUGAGGAUGAUGAUAGUGAGGAUGAUGAUGAGGAUGAUGAUGAGGAUGAUGAUGAGGAUGAUGAUGAGGAUGAUGAUGAGGAUGAUGAUGAGGAUGAUGAUGAGGAUGAUGAUGAUGAGGAUGAUGAUGAUGCCGAUGCCUACAGUAACGAUGAAGACGAUUAUUAUUAUAGCUAG